GUACGUACGUAAUUAACUAAUUAAUUACAUGAAUUACUUAUUAGAUCACUACCUUCUUUUGUUCUAUAUAUACAUACAUAUUAUAAUAUAUUUCAUUUGGAGUUGAUUACUUAUUUUUUAUUAUAUAUAUUAAUUAAUGGAGCUUAUUAAGAAGCAUGCAUCUUCUUUUCUGCAACACAAAUAUAACAUUGCUAGGCUUGCUUUUACUGAUGUUACUGAAGCUGAACUGUUGGCUGAGGAAGCAACAAAUGGGGAUUCAUGCAGCCCUGACCCAAGAAUAAUGAGUAGAAUUGCAGAAGCAUGUUAUAAUGAAGUAGAUGAUUAUUGGAGAAUUGUUGAUGUUCUUCACAGAAGAUUAUAUUGUGUUGAUUGGAAUGAAUGGAGGCAAGCUUACAAAGCUCUUGUUGUUCUUGAGUUCUUGCUCACUCAUGGCCCUUUAGAUUUCUCCCAAGAGUUUGUGUGUGACUCCCAAGUCAUUCACCAGCUAGGAACUUUUCAAUUCGUAGACCACAACGGAAUCAAUUGGGGUGAGAAUAUGCAAAGGAAGUCAGAUGAGAUAUUAAAGCUUCUAGGAGGAUCAACAUUACUUAAAGAAGCUCGUUUGAAAGCUCUCAAAGUAAAAAAAGAAAUCUAUGGUUUUGGUUUUGGACCCAUUUCAUCAAAUAUGCCAAUAAUGGAGCCUUCUUCAGCAAAUGACAACAAUUAUUCAGUUGGUGGAAUAAGCUGUUCAUCACACGAACAAGAUCAUGACAACACUAAUAUUGUUGAAAGAUUGCACCUUUGGGAUUCUCCUAAUGAUAAUUCAACUCAUGAAAGUGGCUAUUUUCUUGAUGAUGAUGAAGAAGAAUUUGAUCAUCACAAAGAAAGAUUAAAUAAUGGUUUUGUGGGUGGAAUUUUCUCAAAACUAACAAACACUUUUAAUCCAUUAUCUUCAUCUUCAUCGUCAAAAGAUUAUGGUAGGUUGAGAAGUGUUUCUGAUGUUGGGAGAAGAGAGUCCAACAAGAAAUAUAAUCGACAAUCUUCACUAUGGUAUUAGCAGGACGGGUUUAGAUUUGAGUUAAGGCAGACUAAACUUGCGUUUAGGGAACAAAAAAAUAUUUUACUUACAAAAAUAUACAUACUUUUCAGUAAUUUAUUCUAUAUAAUUAUACAUUUAAUUUGUAUACAUUAUUACUCUGCCUGCAUCACUCUGGUCAUUAUUUGGCUUUUACAUUCUUUUGUAUAUAUCUAUCUCUAUUAUUAUUA